ACGAAAGACAGGCUCGAAAGGCACGCAAUCCACACAGAGAGAGCGACAGCGAGCAUACGGACGGAAGGUACACUGCAUACUGGACGGGGACAGAGACUACUUUCAUCCGCAUAGCGGAGAACAGCAAAGCUCGUAGUGAUCCUUCCGGAGGUCGUAACGCGUGAAGCAGUUGCAGAGCAGAUGCGAUGAUUGCGGUUACUAGCAGGAGUAGCUCCCUGGGGCAUCACAAUCGACAUCUCCAUAGCCAUCAGCAUCCGGAGCACCAGCAGCAGCAGACGUACCAGCACCACCCGCAAGGCCGUGCGGCUGAAACAUCAGUCGGGAGGGAAGCUCGUACUACUACCGCGGACGAGAAAAAUCCCAUUGCCGGCGAAAUCGAGGAGCAGCAGAGGAGGGACGAAACUAAGCCGGAGCUUACUGCGCUUCAUAAUACCAUGAAAGAAGAGCUUGUCUUCCCGGAGACUCAGGCGGCUUCGCCGAUCGCGUCGCCGCCAACUCAGGCCCCCAAACGACGCGAGUUGUCGCAUGCGACAUCGUCGCUGCAAAAUCCGCAGGCGACGUGUGGCGACGGCGGAAACAACAGCGGCGAUGACGGCGACGCCAGCGGCGGCCCGCGCUACCGCGGCGUGCGACAGCGGCGCUGGGGCCGGUGGGUUACCGAGAUCCGAGAGCCGGUGCACGGAAAUCGCAUCUGGCUCGGCAGCUACAAUAGCGCGGAAGAGGCGGCGCGCGUCUACGAUAUGGCGGCGCGCUUACUGCGCGGCCGCUCCGCCAAGCUCAACUUCCCCGGGGAGCGCCCGGCCCCCGUGGCGCUGCCACGUGGCACCGCGGAAGCGCUGCUCCGCGCGAGCAAAGAGGCGGCGGUUAAGCUGCAGUUGGGGGUCGAGGGCGGCGGCGGCGGUGGGUGCGGCGGGCAGACGCAGAUCCGCGUGGAAUCGGGAGUAAACUUGAGCGGACGAGGCGGGGAGCAAGGAGGCGACGGCGGCGACGGGGGCAGUUUGAGGAGAAACGUCGCGCCGAUGAACGUGGAUCAUGCGCGUACUCUUACCCCGACGCCUAAUUCUACUCCUACUCCUACUGCUACUGCUACUCCUAGCAGCACCAGCCAGCAGCGCGUUUCGGCUGCGUGCAGCUCGCCUGACCCCUGCGGCAGCAGCGACGACGACACCAGCACCGGCAGCGCGGCAGAGCAGAGCAGCGCCGCCAAGAGAAAGCGUCACCAACCGUUCGGCGCCGCCGCCGCCACCGCCGCCGAAGCCACCGCCGCUGCUGGUGCUGGUGGGGCAGACUCCGAGUCAUGGCGGCGCCCGUGGAAGCGCGCUGCAUCGGCAGAGGCGGCUCUGGAGCACUGCGACUCGGACGCAGAGGCGCUCAUGGCGAGUCGCAGCCGGGACUUACGAGCCUCAGGAUCCGGCACGCGCUCGCCAUAUACCACCGCCGCAGGUGGUGGUGGUGCAGCUUCAUGGGUGCACCAUCACGGUGCGGCGGCCAUUGUGGCAGCAGUGGCGUCGCAGCAGCAUCCCUCGCCGCCUGCCUCCGCCCUGGCUGGCACGGCAUGGCUGAGAGGAGGCGCCAGGCUUCCUCCUGCUGCUACAGCUUCGUCGGCACCGACUACCCCUGCUGGAGGCAUGGCGUGGACGGCAGCCGAGAGCAUAAGGCGCCUGACAGCGUCGCCAUCGCUGACGCCGGCGCCGGCGCCGGUGCCGAUGUCUCCGCUUCGCAUUGGCCCACCACGCACCGCCGCAGGCGCAGCUGCAGCGGCGGCAGCAGCAGCCGCCUUUGGUGGUGCUGACGUUGCCGCGUCUCUCUCUAUCUCCGCCUCAUCUUCCUCCCUCGGGUGCUCUGAACCCGCCGGGAUGCCAACUGAGGAUGCAGUAGCAUCUGCGACUGCCACAGCUACUGCGGCCGCAGGUUCUGCUGGAGUGGCCACUGCUAGACCCCCGAUUAAGCGAGCGCUUCAGUCGUCCCUCUCGCUGCCUGCGUCGCGCCACCACCCUGCUCCUCUGUCGUCUGAGCACGUCCCUGUAAAGCAGAGCCUAUCACACUUCCUUCACCGAUCGGCGCAGCAGCAGCAGCACAAGUGGCUGCAGCAGCACCAGCAGCAGCAGCACAAGUGGCUGCAGCAGCAGCAGCAGCGAGAGCAGCAGCAGGCGCAGCGUUGGGAGGUGCCAGACGAGGCUUCCCCACACCCCCUCCCAGGACAAAUGGCGGCACAGCAGCACGUUGCUGCUGCUACCACUGCUACCACUGCUACCACUCAACGUGGUCAGCUGCCUGCCUGCGCCGCCUCUCCCUCUGCUACCGCGCGUGCCAGCUCCCCGUCUGCUGCUGCGCGUGCCAACUCCCCCUGCAGGCACGGCGCCCUCCCUCCCGCCACAGUGGCCGCGUUCCUGUCCGCGUCUUCCUACUCCUUCACUUCCUCAUCUCACCCUGUUACAGCUGCUGUGGCUGCCGCGGCAGCAGCAAUAACGGCUGCAGUUGCAGCAGGCGCGCCAACAGUUGACCCGCACUCAGCAACCACAGCGACCACAGCAGUAGCACCAGCUGCUGCUGCAGCAGCAGCAGCGGCGGCGGCAGAAACAGCGGCAGCAGCAGGAGCUGCGGGCACGAUCUCUUCUGCUGCCGCGUCUCUCUCUGCCACCCUUGCUGGUACGCAGGAGGGACCGGCGAGCGAGAAGGCGCGCGCGCAGAGGCAACAGCAGCAGCAGCAGAGUAUCAGCUGUUUGCAGAGGAGCAUCAGCAGGUGCAUGGAAAGCGGCAGGGAGGGGCGCCUGAGAGACGGCCUGGGUGCUCUUGACAGCACGCUCCGGCUCUCACUCCCCCCUCUGUCUAGGAAUACCAAGCCGAUCCCCUCUGCAGCUGCUGCUGACACUCCCGAUUCCGCCAGAACUGCUGUGCCUUUCCCUGCCGGUGCUCCCUCUGCUGCUACUGCUGCUGCUGAUUUUCUCACUGCGAUCCCUGCUCCAGCUACUGCUGGUUACCAAUUCAUGGAAAUUGAUCGCAUGGACAAUGGGAUUGUUGGGAAAGAGGAGGUAGGGGAUGCAGAAAAGGAAGAGGAGGAAGAGGAGGCACAGGCGGCAGAGGAGGCAGAGGAGGCGAGCUGGGGAGAGUGCCUGGUGGCGGCUGCAGCUGCCGAAGCAGCGGCGGUGACUCAAGCAGCAGAAGCGGCGGCUUCUGCAGAAAUGACAGCAAGCCCACCAGCGACAGCUGCAGCACCAACAAAAAAAUCAGCACCCGCAGCAGCACCCGCAGCAGCACCAGCGGCAAGUGCGGUGGCAGCAGCGGCGAUGGCAGUGCCACUAGCAGCAGCAACAGCAGCAGAGGCACCAUUGGAAGCAGCAGUGACAGGAGCAGGGGAAGGAGGUGGUACUGGGGGGGGCGAUGAAGAGGACAUGCAAUCACUCCUCCUCCCUCUCCUUUUCACAUCUGAGACGCGCCGUGGGGCGGUGCUAGUGCCAGGCGUGCUGAUCUCCCCCAUGCAGCUGAGCUUUUUAGGGGACUGGGGGGUAGGCGUCACUGGGACACCCGGGCAUUAUGCAACCAUGACGCAUAAUAAUGGGUGGGACAUGAGGACGGGUAUGGGAAGGCAUACUGGUGCAACAGAGGCCCAGCAUUUGCCUACUGAAGGCUUGCCUGCCUCAAAUGACAUGGCGCUCUUUUCUUCUUGUGCUGCUGGUGCACCUGUUACCCCUGCUGUUGCUGCUGCUGGAGUUGUUGAUGGUGCGACUGGCACUGCUUCAGUGGGCACAGCGACAAACGACGCAGCCAUGGAAGGAGAUAGGGAUGAGGUGUGGAGCCUGCAAGGGGUCUUUGAUUUGGAUGCUAUUCUUAACCACAUGGAGGAUGCUGGGUCCCCAAGAAGCGACGGAUCUAACAGAGGGACAAGCAGAGAGCUAGAAGAAUCAAGGAGCACCUAAGGGUUUCGGGUUUGGGGCAUAGAUAUAGUAAGUGUUGCCAGUUCAUUAUUUCAUUCAUUCACAUAGAUUUUUUUUCCCAUUUUCCAAUAAGCCUAUUCGUUCGUUUUUUCAUGUAACGUGCGACUCCUUUACUUUGUAAUAAGAUAUUCAUUAUCUA